AUGUCUUCCUGGGUGAUUACCGGUGUCUCACGGGGACUUGGCUUCGAGUUUGUCCGCCAGCUCUCUGACAACCCAUCCAAUACCGUCUUCGGUCUCGUCCGCGACAAAGCAGCCGUCGAGUCCAAGAUUGCCGCUGAAAUCGGCCGGAAGAAUAUCCACAUUAUCCAGGCCGACACCACGGACCCAGCGGCAUUGGAGAAAGCAGUUCAGUAUAUUUCUCACAUAACCAAUGGCACCAUUGACUAUGUCAUAGCCAAUGCCGCACUUCAAGCCAAGACGGCGUUGGUUGGCUUUGAUACUUUGAGCCACGAUUCAAAAGCUCUUGAACAAGAUCUGAUAGACCACUUCCGAGUCAAUACCAUCGGCGCUGUCCAUCUUUUCAACGCUUUCAUGCCCCUGGUUUUGAAAGGCCGGGCCAAGAAAGUGAUUGCCAUCUCCACAGGCAUGUCGGACCCGGAGAUGACACUCCAAGCAGACAUCUACCAAGCCACCUCUUAUGCCAUAACCAAGGCGGCUCUCAAUAUGGCCAUCGCCAAGUUCAGCGCCGUGUACCGUGAGAAAGGCGUCCUUUGUAUGGCUAUAUGCCCUGGUGCCGUUGAUACCGGCAGUCUAAAUAUUGAAACUGAGGAGGAAGGACAGUUGGCUAUGGCUAUGUUUGGGAAGUUUAAACAAUAUUCACCCUCUUUCCAAGGACCUGCGAGGCCAGAGGACAGUGCGAAAUCGGUCCUGGCUCUCGUUAAAAAGGCAACCAUUGAUGAUGGUUAUGCAGGCAUCUUUCUCUCUCACACAGAAUCAAAGCCGUACCUAUGA